AUAUAUCCUGGUUAUGGUGUUGUAUUAUCUCAUCGUAUAUGAGUUGUGUUGAUACUUCCAAGAUUCUAUCUCCUUGGAAUAUCCAAAUACCAGAACUUGCAAAGCAUCGUAUUUUUCAAAUAUUUUUCAUCUUCAAAAAGAUCUUCAUUAUACGCUAAAUUAGUUGUUUCUUUUAUUUUUGUAAAACACCCUUUAUAUCGGAAAAAUGUCUUCAAGAGGAGUGAAUCAUAAUGAAGAACUCCCAGAGCAAAUCCGCCGCUGCUUGGGUUCUUCAAAGUAUAUUCAAUUGGCAACAUGCUAUCAUGAUCAGCCCCAUUCGUCGUUGAUGACCUUUACUUAUGUGCCUGCCGGACAAGCUCUACCUUAUGAAGCUGAUGACUGUAUCAUCCUAACAACUGGAGAAAGUAGCAAAAAAUAUUUUAAUAUCAGUUCUAAUCCUCGAGUAUCGUUACUGGUACACGAUUGGACUACAAACCGACAAGAAGCAGAUCCAGAUGCUUCGUCUCUUUGUAACCUGUUGUACAAGAUGAAUCAAGCUCAAUUUUCUACCACUGCUGUGAGCUUGAACGGUUUAGCUACAGUUUUGCCUAGCGGCAGUGAGGAAGAUAUUUUUUUCCGAAGCAAGCACAUUCAUACUAAUGACCAAGGAAAUACAAAACAGUAUGUUGAAGGUGAAGGCCUUCGAGUCAUCAAAGUAAAACUGCAAAGUGCCCGUAUCAGCGAUCAACGAUUAGACCAUGUUGUGAAGUGGAAUGCAAAAGGCGAGGAAACUCCCUUUUAAGCUGUAUUGUUCGAGAAAGGUGAAUGUUUCCAUGUCCUUAUUGUGUAUGAAAGCUUAUUCCAUAGAAAGCCUUCUAUCCUUAUUUAUCAAAUUAUGUCUUUGAUUGAAACCUCAAUCGUCUUCCUCCUCUGUAUUAUAAUUCUCUUGGUCGUUAUAGUUUUCCAUGUAGCCAUUGUUAGCCAAAUUUUCUUCAUCAUCGUCUUCGUCUUCACUCAUUAAAUCUAGUGGUGCAAUUCGAAAGUCAACAAAGGUACACAAGCCAUCUUGACCUACAAGCAUCAGCUGAAUGUUGAGGGUCCCAUUUUCAUCUAUGCGCAAGCUAACUUUGGUGCCUGCUUGCAAGGCUUUGAUAGCUUGCCGAAUAAGAGAAAAUCGGUAAGUAUAUGUAUACUCAGAGUUGGUUUCAAAAGAUUCUAAAACAUUUUUCUCAUUUGGAUAUUCCAUCUCUGUCGUAGACAUUCCUCCUACACAUCGCAAAAGAAACGUGGAUCUUUGAGAAGACGUUUCAAUCAUAAGAGACUCACUCAUGUUGUUGUCUAACUCUAAAAGAGCGUCGUAUAACCACCCACUUCUCAUAAUAACUUUGGUAUUCAAAGUAGUAGCUAACCUACUAACAUCGAUGUUUUCUUCAUAAUCUAGUGUUGACAACUCGCAUAUUGUAGAGUAUCCUGCCAUUUCUUCAACUCUGAAUAGCUAUGUUAGCAAUAAACCGUG